AUGGCAAGUCUAGCGGUUGCAAGCGGACGAGGACGCAUUCAUCCUGCCAGGAAAAUACUACGGCUAUCGCUAAAUCAUCAAGCUCAGAGACCUUCAAGCUCAUCCGUCGAAACUUUUGACUCACUAAUUAUUGGUAGUGGGCACAAUGGCUUAACUUGUGCUGCUUAUCUCGCAAAAGCCGGCAAGAAAGUGCUCGUCCUCGAGCGUCGACAUUUAAUCGGUGGUGCAGCAGUAACCGAAGAGGUUUACCCCGGCCACAAAGUAUCUCGCGCAUCAUACCUCCUAUCACUUCUUCGCCCACAAAUCAUCAAGGAGCUAGACCUUAAGCGCCAUGGUCUCAAAUACUUCUUACGUCAGACCAGCUCGUUCACGCCUAUAUCUGGAACCAAGGACUAUCUGCUACUGGGGAUGGACGCUUCUAAAAACCGACAAGAGAUAUCGAAAUUCUCAACUAAGGAUGCAGAAGCCUAUGAAGUGUACGAGAAAUGGUUGGGAUCGCUAAUUAAGGGAUUGGUGCCAUUGCUGGAUUUACCACCGAUGGAUAUGAGAUCCACGCUCAAGAUGUGGAGUUUGGCGAUGCCGUUGAUGAAGGCGUUUAGCCCGUUGGGAUUGGCUGGGAUGCCGGAGACGUGGGAGUUGCUCACUGCUCCGGCUUCAAAGAUACUGAAGCGAUUCUUUGAAUCAGAGCCUCUGCUAAGCACGUUGGCUACCGAUGCCGUUAUCGGAGCUGUCGUUUCACCUGAUACUCCUGGAAGUGGGUAUGUGUUGCUGCAUCAUGUUAUGGGGGAGCUAGAUGGUGUUUCUGGCGCUUGGGCUGUAGUUGAAGGAGGAAUGGGAGCGGUGUCGAAUGCGAUCGCAUCAUCUGCAACUUCUUACGGGGCUGAAAUCCGGACCAACGCGCCAGUGAAACGAAUCCUGUUAGAAGCAGGGAAAACUAUAGGCGUCGAGCUAGAAUCAGGCCAGCAAAUUCGGGCCAAAUCUGUAUUAUCGAACGCAACGCCCAAAGUCACGUUUAUGGAUUUGCUACCUGCCGAUGCGUUGUCUGAACGGGACAGGGAGGCUAUGAAAAGUAUAUCUUAUGAAUCAGCAACAACCAAAAUCAACCUCGCACUCUCCGAACUCCCCAACUUUUCAGCUAUACCAAACCAAUCGCCAAACCACAUACAGCCGCAUCAUUGCACCACUAUCCACAUGGGCUGCGAAUCCCUGAAAUCGCUAAACGAAGCAUACGUAGCUGCACUAUCCAGCAAACCAUCACCACGCCCCAUGAUUGAAAUGACCAUCCCAUCAACCGUAGACACCACACUCGUACCCCCUGGAUCAGGACAUCAUGUAGCGACGCUAUUCAUCCAGUAUACGCCAUACGAGUAUUUCAAUACGGCAGACGCUGACACACGGAAGACGGCAUUCUUGAAGACUGUGAUCAACGUUAUUGAGGAGUAUGUGCCGAGUUUUGGAAGGACUGUGUUAGCAGCUGAUAUUCUUACACCGCCGGACUUGGAAAGGGUGUUUGGAUUGACUGGAGGUAAUAUCUUUCAUGGUGCCAUGUCGCUGGAUCAGCUUUUGGUUAGUAGGCCGACGGCAUACGGGCCUGGAGGGUCUAGAACUGCUGUUAAGGGGCUGUAUCUAUGUGGAGCUGGGACACAUCCAGGCGGUGGUGUCAUGGGAUCUCCAGGUAGACUAGCUGCUUUAGCAUGCAUCGCUGAUCAUUAA